AUGGCGCCCAAGAAGAAGGCCUCUCGCCAGAAGAAGCCUGUGGAGUGUGUGUCUCCGGGGCCCUGCCUGGAGGCCCCCACCCCCCUGAAGGUGGAGAGCCGCGGGGACGGCGUGGUGGUGGUGGAGGGCGGAGUCAAGAAGAUCGAGCAGAUGGCGGCGCUGGACAUCGCCCAACUGAACAGCCUGAACCUGCCCCUGCCUCCUCCGGUCAUCAAGCCCGGGGAGAGGGGCCUUGGCCUGGGCAGCGAGCUCACACGGCCCCUGCACGGCUCCGCGCUGCUGGAGGAGCUCAGCAAGAUGAGGCAGGAAAAGUUCCUGACGGACCUGGAGCUGGCCUGGAGAUCCUGGCCAAAGACCCGGCCAUGA